AUUUCUCUACAUCUCUCUGUCUUCUGUUCUCUCCCCUCCCUCCUUUGGGCUCCCUCCUCCUUCUCCCGCUCGCUCUCUCCUUCCCUCUCUCUCAGUGAAAGGCAGACAUGUGCUUGCCGUGCCAGCAGACCGAUUUAACCCUCUCCUCAGAAUAACUAAUGCACAGACAGCUGUCUUUCCCUCCUUGACGCCCCUAACUAUCUCCCUCUUUCUUUUUCCCUCCACAGUGGCUCUAUUAAUUAUUUCUCCUCCUUUCCUUUCCUUUCUUCUUAUUUUCCCCUGCUCAGACGGAUAAAAAGACUUGUCCUAUAGCAGAGCUUGUGUAAUCGCUGGCUUCACAAGCACGGGAGCUCCUGCCUCAACACCGGCCCAAUAAGGAAUACCAAGCACUGGACUGAACACCACAGUGUUGGAGAAAAGGAGAGAACAUAGAAAAACAGGACAAUAAGGAAGAAGGAUACAGCAAGGACCACAGAGAGUGACAGAAGAAGAGAGAAGAAACAGAGUGAGGAGUGCAGGAGGAGUAAAGUGUUAGGACCAUGCCUGGCUGUCACAUCCGGACGCCCCUGGUGUUGGUGCUCUGCAUGCUGGUGCUGUCCUGUGGGUCAGGAGGUGCCCGGCGGAUCAGGAAGAGAGGGCUUCACCAAAAGGUGGGGUUUAGACCUGAUAUGAGUACCUUCACUGUUGCUGCAGCAAUACAGUGUGUGUGUGUGUGUGUGUGUGUGUGUGUGUGUGUGUGUGUGUGUGUGUGUGUGUGUGUGUGUGUGUGUGUGUGUGUGUGUGUGUGUGGAAAGAGAGAGGGAAAAGCUGGUGGACCUACAAUACAUACACUGUUUUAGCAGGGUGGCAAAGGGGUGUAGUUUGGAGGUUUUCACACACUGAAAACAGUUUUGGGGCUUGGGUGAGAGGUGGGUGUUGUUACCAUGGUGUGACUAUGUCUCUGUUAAAGAGCUCAGUAGAGUGUAUGUCUAACCUACUAUGAGUACAGUUGGAGAGAGGGAAACUGUAUGAUUUGACAUGUGAAUCUGAAGCCAUGUGACAUGCUUGGAUUCUAUAAAAACUCACCAGACUCCGAAAUACAGUGAGGGGAAAAAAGUAUUUGAUCCCCUGCUGAUUUUGUACGUUUGCCCACUGGCAAAGACAUGAUCAGUCUAUAAUUUUAAUGGUAGGUUUAUUUGAACAGUGAGAGACAGGAUAACAACAAAAAAAUCCAGAAAAACGCAUGUCAAAAAUGUUAUAAAUUGAUUCGCAUUUUAAUGAGGGAAAUAAGUAUUUGACCCCUCUGCAAAACAUGACUUAGUACUUGGUGGCAAAACCCUUGUUGGCAAUCACAGAGGUCAGACGUUUCUUGUAGCUGGCCACCAGGUUUGCAUACAUCUCAGGAGGGAUUUCGUUCCACACCUCUUUGCAGACCUUCUCCAAGUCAUUAAGGUUUCGAGGCUGACAUUUGGCAACUCGAACCUUCAGCUCCCUCCACAGAUUUUCUAUGGGAUUAAGGUCUGGAGACUGGCUAGGCCACUCCAGGACCUUAAUGUGCUUCUUCUUGAGCCACUCCUUUGUUGCCUUGGCCGUGUGUUUUGGGUCAUUGUCAUGCUAGAAUACCCAUCCACGACCCAUUUUCAAUGCCCUGGCUGAGGGAAGGAGGUUCUCACCCAAGAUUUGACGGUGCAUGGCCCUGUCCAUCGUCCCUUUGAUGCGGUGAAGUUGUCCUGUCCCCUUAGCAGAAAAACACCCCCAAAGUAUAAUGUUUCCACCUCCAUGUUUGACGGUGGGGAUGGUGUUCUUGGGGUCAUAGGCAGCAUUCCUCCUCCUCCAAACACAGCGAGUUGAGUUGAUGCCAAAGAGCUCGAUUUUGGUCUCAUCUGACCACAACACUUUCACCCAGUUCUCCUCUGAAUCAUUCAGAUGUUCAUUGGCAAACUUCAGACGGCCCUGUAUAUGUGCUUUCUUGAGCAGGGGGACCUUGCGGGCGCUGCAGGAUUUCAGUCUUUCACGGCGUAGUGUGUUACCAAUUGUUUUCUUGGUGACUAUGGUCCCAGCUGCCUUGAGAUCAUUGACAAGAUCCUCCCGUGUAGUUCUGGGCUGAUUCCUCACCAUUCUCAUGAUCAUUGCAACUCCACGAGGUGAGAUCUUGCAUGGAGCCCCAGGCCGAAGGAGAUUGACAGUUAUUUUGUGUUUCUUCCAUUUGCGAAUAUUCGCACCAACUGUUGUCACCUUCUCACCAAGCUGCUUGGCGAUGGUCUUGUAGCCCAUUCCAGCCUUGUGUAGGUCUACAAUCUUGUCCCUGACAUCCUUGGAGAGCUCUUUGGUCUUGGCCAUGGUGGAGAGUUUGGAAUCUGAUUGAUUGCUUCUGUGGACAGGUGUCUUUUAUACAGGUAACAAACUGAGAUUAGGAGCACUCCCUUUAAGAGUGUGCUCCUAAUCUCAGCUCAUUACCUGUAUAAAAGACACAUGGGAGCCAGAAAUCUUUCUGAUUGAGAGGGGGUCAAAAACGUAUUUCCCUCAUUAAAAUGCAAAUCAAUUUAUAACAUUUUUGACAUGCGUUUUUCUAGAUUUUUUUGUUGUUAUUCUGUCUCUCACUGUUCAAAUAAACCUACCAUUAAAAUUAUAGACUGAUCAUUUCUUUGUCAGUGGGAAAAAGUACAAAAUCAGCAGGGGAUCAAAUACUUUUUUCCCUCACUGUAGAAGGUACAGGUCUGUGUGUGUGUGUUAAAGCCCUUGUCAUUCAAUAGUCACACAGCUUUUAAAGUUCUGCCAUCUUUCCCAUGUAAACCCUUCCAGUGUGCUCAGUUUUAGCAAUAGCAGGGUGAAUGCUGUGUAGUCCCCUGUGUAUUGUCCUCUCCACUCUGUCCUGGCUGUGUGAGGAGUGGAGGAGUGACGGACGGUCAUGCAGAAGACUGACCACAGAGAAACAGAGCAUGGUCAUUGUCACAGAGGGGCUCCUGUAGUGAGAGCAGCAGACAGAGACAGUGGUGGAGGGAGGGGAGAAAUGGGAGGGGUGCAGGAGGCAGAGAGAGGGGCUGCAGAGGGGCACAGGAUGCUCUCUUUUUCCCUCCAGAGCAGCAAAGCAGAAUGAGCAGCUGGCCAGCACAGCCAGAAACAUGCCAACAGUCUGCUAGCGUGGGGAGAACAUUGUGUGGUUGGCCCUGUACAGUAGGCUAGCUCAACUGCAACUGGAAACCGGACCUCACUGUAUCUGCUGCUGAGCCAGAGCAGCUCCUCUGUGGAAUAACACUAGGAAAAUAUGAGGAAAGACCCACAAAUGCUGCCUCCUUAGCUCUAUGGUUAUUUGCACAUCACAUACAGUGACCACAAACCUGAAUAAACCAGUUUGACCUAUGACAUCCUGCAGGAAGUAGUUCACACAAUAGGUACAUGGAAAUACAGCCAUGGCUGUAUUAAAGAUCUGAUUAUGUAAGUGUUUCACAAGCUCUUUUGGAGCAAAUCACAGACCACCACUGUUCAGGUGAGGUGGAGAAUGUGUGUGGGUUUAAAGCAGGUAAGACUUCCUUGACAGUGUAUCACGUUCAUUGCCCUCUUUUUCCCCCUUAUUGACUUACCCUUCAGUUCUUCAUCACUCUACGUGUUUAGAGUGCAGGUCAAGGUGUUAACUAACAGGCAUGAUAGCUACAUAACAUGGAAAACAUAACAAAUAGAAGGAGCUGAUGGAAGUGUGUUGUAGACAGGGGAGACUGGUGAUUGGCCAGAAGAGGGAGCCCAUCUUUUUGCAUUGUUUAUAAGUAGGGGCUAAACGAAGGAGAAGGCAGAGCGGCCAUUCUGAGGCGUCGCUCUCCGGAUGUCAUGUCAUCUGUCACUUAUGCUGAAGCUUUUGAUAUGAAUAAACCUUAUGAUCAAAGUUCAGUAUGAGCGGACUCCUUUGUUCAUCAGCAAUAAUUGCCACCAUUCACCCGAUACGACACUAUAAUCAACAGUCCUAUAAACACCACUCAACAAGUCUACCACUGCUGUAUUAUGGGGAUAUUAUAAUGGGCUUAUACCAACAAUCAACAUGACACAACCAUUCUCUAAAGCAAGGGUGUCAAACUCAUUCCAUUGAGGGCAUAUUGUCUGCUGGUUUUUGUUUUUUUCUUUCAAUUAAGACCUGGGGGGAGUUCCUUACUAAUUAGUGACCUUAAUUCAUCAAUCAAGGAAAAGGGAGGAGCGAAAACCCGCAGACACUCGGCCCUCCGUGGAAUGAGUUUGAGUGCUCUAAAGAGUUUAAUCACGUGCUGAUCUGAGCUCCAAAUAUUGCCUGCAUUAUGCCUCUGAGUUAUGUUCCCAUAGUUGUAGUUCAUUGCUCCAUAGUUUUUGCUGUUAUUACUGUAGCUACUGUAUCACCUUACCUGUGCUAUCGAGCCCAUCAUCAGGGGUGAUUGUGGCCAUGUCUUUAAAGCAACUUUUCCUGACUUAUACCCAAUCCAGGCUCCGCUGGCAACAGACAAGCAUGUCUCUCCCUCUCUCUAUUCUCUCUCUCUCUUGUGUUACUAUAGCUAGGGCCCCAUUGUGACAUAAGCCUUGCUCCUGUAAAACUAAUAAUGACAAAGAUUUGUACAGGCUUAGCAUUCUUUCCCCCUUUCAAUGCAGGAUACGGGAAUGAGGGGGCCAGGGGGGUGAGGGGAGUUAGGGAGUGAGAAGGGUGAGGGGAUAUGUCCUACUUUGAGAGCGAACAUGCUAUUUCACAGACAAGUGGCCCCUUCUCUGGAUCACGCAACAUGCUUUUAUUCUUUCUGGUUGAACGUCUACAUCAUCCUCUCAACAUACAGCCUACUCAGGAAUGCAUAGUCAUGGCACUCCCAGAUACUUUCUUACACUAUAUCAUGCAUUUCAUAUUCCCACAAGUCCGUCAUUAUGUAAAAUGUAUGCAUACAAUACUGUAAAUUAUACGAUAAUUUGGGGUAUUAUCAACACUAAAAUACCCUGAAACGUUUUACUGCAGCAUGCUGUAAAUUAUGGCGACAGACAAGCCUCUCUCUCUCUCUCUCCAGCAGAUGUGCAUUUACAGACCCAGGGGGGCAACGGGGAGGGUCCUACAAAAUAAAUAUUUCUCUACAUCUCUCUGUCUUCUGUUCUCUCCCCUCCCUCCUUUGGGCUCCCUCCUCCUUCUCCCGCUCGCUCUCUCCUUCCCUCUCUCUCAGUGAAAGGCAGACAUGUGCUUGCCGUGCCAGCAGACCGAUUUAACCCUCUCCUCAGAAUAACUAAUGCACAGACAGCUGUCUUUCCCUCCUUGACGCCCCUAACUAUCUCCCUCUUUCUUUUUCCCUCCACAGUGGCUCUAUUAAUUAUUUCUCCUCCUUUCCUUUCCUUUCUUCUUAUUUUCCCCUGCUCAGACGGAUAAAAAGACUUGUCCUAUAGCAGAGCUUGUGUAAUCGCUGGCUUCACAAGCACGGGAGCUCCUGCCUCAACACCGGCCCAAUAAGGAAUACCAAGCACUGGACUGAACACCACAGUGUUGGAGAAAAGGAGAGAACAUAGAAAAACAGGACAAUAAGGAAGAAGGAUACAGCAAGGACCACAGAGAGUGACAGAAGAAGAGAGAAGAAACAGAGUGAGGAGUGCAGGAGGAGUAAAGUGUUAGGACCAUGCCUGGCUGUCACAUCCGGACGCCCCUGGUGUUGGUGCUCUGCAUGCUGGUGCUGUCCUGUGGGUCAGGAGGUGCCCGGCGGAUCAGGAAGAGAGGGCUUCACCAAAAGGUGGGGUUUAGACCUGAUAUGAGUACCUUCACUGUUGCUGCAGCAAUACAGUGUGUGUGUGUGUGUGUGUGUGUGUGUGUGUGUGUGUGUGUGUGUGUGUGUGUGUGUGUGUGUGUGUGUGUGUGUGUGGAAAGAGAGAGGGAAAAGCUGGUGGACCUACAAUACAUACACUGUUUUAGCAGGGUGGCAAAGGGGUGUAGUUUGGAGGUUUUCACACACUGAAAACAGUUUUGGGGCUUGGGUGAGAGGUGGGUGUUGUUACCAUGGUGUGACUAUGUCUCUGUUAAAGAGCUCAGUAGAGUGUAUGUCUAACCUACUAUGAGUACAGUUGGAGAGAGGGAAACUGUAUGAUUUGACAUGUGAAUCUGAAGCCAUGUGACAUGCUUGGAUUCUAUAAAAACUCACCAGACUCCGAAAUACAGUGAGGGGAAAAAAGUAUUUGAUCCCCUGCUGAUUUUGUACGUUUGCCCACUGGCAAAGACAUGAUCAGUCUAUAAUUUUAAUGGUAGGUUUAUUUGAACAGUGAGAGACAGGAUAACAACAAAAAAAUCCAGAAAAACGCAUGUCAAAAAUGUUAUAAAUUGAUUCGCAUUUUAAUGAGGGAAAUAAGUAUUUGACCCCUCUGCAAAACAUGACUUAGUACUUGGUGGCAAAACCCUUGUUGGCAAUCACAGAGGUCAGACGUUUCUUGUAGCUGGCCACCAGGUUUGCAUACAUCUCAGGAGGGAUUUCGUUCCACACCUCUUUGCAGACCUUCUCCAAGUCAUUAAGGUUUCGAGGCUGACAUUUGGCAACUCGAACCUUCAGCUCCCUCCACAGAUUUUCUAUGGGAUUAAGGUCUGGAGACUGGCUAGGCCACUCCAGGACCUUAAUGUGCUUCUUCUUGAGCCACUCCUUUGUUGCCUUGGCCGUGUGUUUUGGGUCAUUGUCAUGCUAGAAUACCCAUCCACGACCCAUUUUCAAUGCCCUGGCUGAGGGAAGGAGGUUCUCACCCAAGAUUUGACGGUGCAUGGCCCUGUCCAUCGUCCCUUUGAUGCGGUGAAGUUGUCCUGUCCCCUUAGCAGAAAAACACCCCCAAAGUAUAAUGUUUCCACCUCCAUGUUUGACGGUGGGGAUGGUGUUCUUGGGGUCAUAGGCAGCAUUCCUCCUCCUCCAAACACAGCGAGUUGAGUUGAUGCCAAAGAGCUCGAUUUUGGUCUCAUCUGACCACAACACUUUCACCCAGUUCUCCUCUGAAUCAUUCAGAUGUUCAUUGGCAAACUUCAGACGGCCCUGUAUAUGUGCUUUCUUGAGCAGGGGGACCUUGCGGGCGCUGCAGGAUUUCAGUCUUUCACGGCGUAGUGUGUUACCAAUUGUUUUCUUGGUGACUAUGGUCCCAGCUGCCUUGAGAUCAUUGACAAGAUCCUCCCGUGUAGUUCUGGGCUGAUUCCUCACCAUUCUCAUGAUCAUUGCAACUCCACGAGGUGAGAUCUUGCAUGGAGCCCCAGGCCGAAGGAGAUUGACAGUUAUUUUGUGUUUCUUCCAUUUGCGAAUAUUCGCACCAACUGUUGUCACCUUCUCACCAAGCUGCUUGGCGAUGGUCUUGUAGCCCAUUCCAGCCUUGUGUAGGUCUACAAUCUUGUCCCUGACAUCCUUGGAGAGCUCUUUGGUCUUGGCCAUGGUGGAGAGUUUGGAAUCUGAUUGAUUGCUUCUGUGGACAGGUGUCUUUUAUACAGGUAACAAACUGAGAUUAGGAGCACUCCCUUUAAGAGUGUGCUCCUAAUCUCAGCUCAUUACCUGUAUAAAAGACACAUGGGAGCCAGAAAUCUUUCUGAUUGAGAGGGGGUCAAAAACGUAUUUCCCUCAUUAAAAUGCAAAUCAAUUUAUAACAUUUUUGACAUGCGUUUUUCUAGAUUUUUUUGUUGUUAUUCUGUCUCUCACUGUUCAAAUAAACCUACCAUUAAAAUUAUAGACUGAUCAUUUCUUUGUCAGUGGGAAAAAGUACAAAAUCAGCAGGGGAUCAAAUACUUUUUUCCCUCACUGUAGAAGGUACAGGUCUGUGUGUGUGUGUUAAAGCCCUUGUCAUUCAAUAGUCACACAGCUUUUAAAGUUCUGCCAUCUUUCCCAUGUAAACCCUUCCAGUGUGCUCAGUUUUAGCAAUAGCAGGGUGAAUGCUGUGUAGUCCCCUGUGUAUUGUCCUCUCCACUCUGUCCUGGCUGUGUGAGGAGUGGAGGAGUGACGGACGGUCAUGCAGAAGACUGACCACAGAGAAACAGAGCAUGGUCAUUGUCACAGAGGGGCUCCUGUAGUGAGAGCAGCAGACAGAGACAGUGGUGGAGGGAGGGGAGAAAUGGGAGGGGUGCAGGAGGCAGAGAGAGGGGCUGCAGAGGGGCACAGGAUGCUCUCUUUUUCCCUCCAGAGCAGCAAAGCAGAAUGAGCAGCUGGCCAGCACAGCCAGAAACAUGCCAACAGUCUGCUAGCGUGGGGAGAACAUUACAAUAACCACAGCUUCCACUGCUUAGUAACUCACACCUGUUAUUGUAUCCCACCCAGGGGGAUACUCUCUGUCCCUGACAUGUGUCCGGACAUCAAAUCUAAUUUUAUUUGUCACAUGCUUUGUGAACAAGAGGUGUAGACUAACAGUGAAAUGCUUACUUACUGGCCCUUCCCAACUAUGCAGAGAGAAAAAUAGAAAUAAUAUAAAGAUAAUAACAAAAGGAAUAAAUACACAAUGAGUAAAGAUAACUUGGCUUUAUACACAGUACUGAGUCGAUGUGCAGGGGUACGAGGUAAUUGAAGUAGAUAUGUACAUAUAGGUAGGGGUAAAGUGAUAAGGCAACAGGAUAAAUAAAAAAUAAGCAGUAGCGUAUGUGAUGAGUCAAAAGGGGGGUCAAUGCAGAUAGUCCAUGUAGCUAUUUGGUUAACUAUUUAGCAGUCUUAUGGCUUGGGGGUAGAAGCUGUUCUCAGGGUCCUGUUGGUUCCAGACUUGGUGCAUCGGUACCACUUGCCGUGCGGUAGCAGAGAGAACAGUCCAUGACUUGUGUGGCUGGAGUUUUUGACGAUUUUCAGGGCCUUCCUCUGACACAGCCUGGUAAAGAUGUCCUGGAUAGUAGGGAGCUCAGCCCCAGUGAUGUACUGGGCCGUAGGCACUACCCUUUGUAGCGCCUUGCGGUCGAAUGCCAAACAGUUGCCAUACGAAGCGGUGAUGCAACCAGUCAAGAUGCUCUCAAUGGUGCAGCUGUAGAACUUUUUGAGGAUCUGAGGGCCCAUGCCAAAUCCUUUCAGCCUCCUGAGGGUGUGUGGACCAUGUUAAUUCCUUAGUGAUGUGGACACCGAGGAACUUGAAGCUGUCGACUCGCUCCACUACAGCCCUGUCGAUGUGGAUGGGGGCAUGCUCGGCCCUCCGUUUCCUCGAUCAACUCCUUUGUCUUGCUGACGUUGAGGGAAAGAUUGGUGUCCUGGCACCACACUCCCAAGUCACUGACAUCCUCCCUAUAGGCGGUCUCAUCGUCAUCGGUAAUCAGGCCUACCACCGUCGUGUCAUCAGAAAACGUGAUGAUGGUGUUGGAGUCGUGCGCGGCCACACAGUCGUGGGUGAACGGAGUACAGGAGGGGACUAUGCACGCACCCCUGAGGGUCCCCCGUGUUGAGGGUCAGCGUGGCAGAUGUGUUGUUGCCUACCCUCACCACCUGGGGGCAGCCCGUCAGGAAGUCCAAAUCAUCAAACCAAACUUGAUUUAUAAAGCACAUUUGACAUGAAUGCAACAAUGCGCUUCACAAAAUUUUUAUAAAAAUGAAAAUAAAAACAUAAAUAUUUACUACACAACAAACAUAAGGGAAUAAAAAAACAAAAGAAUAACAAUAAAAACUGCACCCUAAGUAAAAGCAAAGCUAAAAAGGUGUGUUUUAAAAUCUCUUUUAAAUAUUUCCACAGUUUCAGCCCCCCUCAGGUUCUCUUGCAGGCUAUUCCAGAGGCUGGGGCCAUAGUAACUAAAGGCUGCCUCUCCAUGCCUCUUGGUCCUAGGCUUUGGGAUAGUUAAAAGGCCAGUGCCAGAGGACCUGAGGGACCUACUGGGUACAUAACUCAAAAGCAUGUCUUACAAGUAUUGGGGUGCACAAUCGUGGAUUGAUUAAAAAAACCAAUAGAAUAAUCUUAAAAUGAAUUCUAAAAAACUCACAGGCAGCCAGUACAGAGACUUUAAAUCCGGUGUAAUGUGUGCUCUCCAUCUGGUCUUGGUCAGUACCCGUGCUGCAGCAUUCUGUUUGCUUUGCAGUUGACCAAUGGCAGGAGAGCAUUACAGUAGUCAAGCCUGCUUGUAAUAAAAGCAUGGAUGAGUCUCUCUGUAUCAGCCUGAGAUAGAAACGGCCGCACCUUGGCAAUGUUCCUCAGGUGGUAAAAAGCUAUUUUGGUCACAUUCCUAAUGUGUGAUUCGAAAUUGAGUUCAGAAUCUAAAAUGACACCUGGUGUUUUAUCUUUAAUGCCCAGGAUCCAGUUGCAGAGGGAGGCGUUCAGUCCCAGGGUCCCGAGCAUAGUGAUGAGCUUGCAUAAUCUGUGGAUCUGUUUGGGCGGUAUGCGAAUUGGAGUGGGUCCAGCGUGUCUGGGAUGAUGGUGUUGAUGUGAGCCAUGACCAGCCUUUCAAAGCAUUUCAUGGCUACAGAUGUGAGUGCUACAGGGCGAUAGUCAUUUAGACAGGUUACAUUAGCGUUCUUGGGAGCUAUAAGGGAAUGAUUCCCAUUGGAUUGGGCUGUUCAGAUUGGAUUGGGAUGUGUGCUGAGACGUCAGAACGAACGAGAUUGGAACAAGCAUCCUAAUUUUGAUAAUUCCAGUAUGUCGGCCAAAUUCAUUUACUAGGCUAUUCCAAGAUGGCUGGACUCAAUAUAGGAUAUAAUCCCUCUAGUGUAGCCAGCAAAUACCACUCUCUAUAGAAAUAGGAAAAAUAAAAACAAAAUAUGCAUAACAAAUACAAAACAUAAUAUGGCCUUGGCAUACAGUAAUAAGAUAUUCUGGAAGAAAUCCACAGGAGGUAAAGUCUGUUUCAUACUUGGUUUGAGUAAACUGCUGGGUAGGUCAGAGUUAAUACACUUAGCCCACUGAGGAUUCGAUAGAAGUUUUGAACGUUAAUCCCAGUCAGAUGAUAUCAUGUGAGCAUGGUCUGGACAUUACUGUACACACCCACAGGAUUAUCAGCUCCCCGCUGAGAGCGGGCUGGAGAAGCACCCCCAUUGCUCUCUGGUGAUAUAAUAAACCUGUGAUAGUCCAAACAUCCAUCAGGAUAAAACACCAUGGUAAACAGUCAGUGCAGAAGCAGGCAGUGACCUGCAUGUGUGUUAUGUCCAGACAUGGUCUCAGUCUAACUAUUAUCUCAGCAUGGAAAGGAGGGUGGAGAAUGGCUGCACUUGUAUUACAGGAGAAAGAAAGCGAUACGGAUCUAAAUAGCAUGGUCAAUGCAUAAGUGUGACUAUCAUGAAAUAAUCAGUGCAAUCCAUACAUCCAUUUGGGCUGUAUGACCGUAUCACAUUGCACAUCGUUUCACUUGAGAAGCUGGUGUGCUUCCUGAGUUCUAGGAAUCAGGAUGUGCCUGAUCUAAGGACUAGAUACAGUACAGACGUCAAUGGCCUGAUCACAGUUUACAUCACAGUCUGGAGCCAAAUGAGGUCUCUAAUGGCUUCAGACCACUCUGCUGCAUCGCUCAGCUUUGAAAUCCCUGCCCUGGAAGAAAUCAAUAUAACAGGUUUGCCGGCAUUUCUGUGGCCCAGCAGGAAGAGACCAAUGACUGUAAAUAAACAAUGUGGGACUGAACAUCAAACAGACACAUGCAGCACGGCACAGUGCAGGGCAUGGUAGGGCAGUGCAGGGCAGCUUGGCACUCAGACAGGCAGACUGAUAGACAGGAACCGGAUAUUCUACUUCCUCUGCUACUGAGAUCUGAAGGGAAACCAUGGGAACUGAGCAGAUAAUGAACCGUGGUCACUGUAGCUCACAUUGUCCAAUCACAGGGAUAAUCAGCCUCACUCUUGUACUUUAAACCUGGAGUUGUCUGAACUGCAUUUGUAAAGAUACACAAUGACAUGAGGAUGAAAGUGAAUGGCCUACUUUGCCUCCCAUAAUCAUUUUCUGUAACGUUGUAAACAGGAUUUGAAUCAUUUUGUAGACCUAAGAGCAUUGGCUUCUCUUUGAGAUACUAUAGGACAGGCUAAUGUAGCUAGGCCUAGAAACCCUCAGGAGACAGACAGUCAGAAGAUCUGAGAGAUGAUGGAUCCAAUCUGGCCAAUGUGGACCACAGCUGCUAAAAGCAUUAAUUCUUAGAAUGAAUAGCGCCCUGAUGUUGCCUGAUGACUCAUCCUGAAUUUAAUUCCGUUGCUAUAUCGAUCGCUCCAUAGAAAUGUUAGUGGGCGUGGUGUUUGUCCGGAGCGAUGUGGAAGGGUAGCCAGGCAAGCCCUGAUAAGGCCAAAAGCUCUAAAGAUGAAUCUUGAGGAAGGAGAAUCGCUGUAAAGCACAUAAAAAAUCUGGAAGUGGUACUAAGACUGGAAGUGGUACUAAGACGUGGUCCUCUGUAGCUCAACUGGUAGAGCAUGGUGCUUAUAACGCCAGGGUAGUGGGUUCGAUCCCCGGGACCACCCAUACGUAAAAAUGUAUGCAGACAUGACUAAGUCGCUUUGGAUAAAAGUGUCUGCUAAAUGGCAUAUUAUUAUUAUUAAAAUCAGGAUCAAUAACCUAACCAAGUCAGCAGUCCCCUGUAGUUCAGUUGGUAGAGCAUGGCGCUUGCAACACCAGGGUUGUGGGUUCGUUUCCCACGGGGGGCCAGUAUGAAAAUGUAUAAACUCACUAACUGUAAGUUGCUCUGGAUAAGAGCGUCUGCUAAAUGACUAAAAUGUAAAUGGAAGGCCAGAAAGUAGUGCACUCGUGUGUUGCCACGCCAAUGCUACAAGUUGAUCCAGUCACUGAGACCUGGCACCCCACCUGGCAGCUGACGGAGUAAAUUAUUUGUGUGUUUAUUACAAACAUUCAUUCUGUGGCACAAACACCAGCGCCAAACAUUUGCUUUCGUUUUUACGAUCGGUUUGGAAGAGCAGUCGCUUAGCCUGCCAAAUAAACAGCGCAGUUAACGAUCAUGUGCAGUCCGCAAGCCCAUUAUCUAAUUAGUGAGAGGGGGGAAACUCUCAGAGCGCCCCUGCCACAGUCUCUCUGUCAGGGGGAAAGGGACAGGGACACCUUACCCGGGCUGGCAGGGCAUCCACGUCGAGAGCAGCAGGAUGUGCACUUGAAAUUACAGUGUCUGGUCUGGAGCUCCAUGAUAAAGAUGCGCUUUGGUUAACAUUGGCCAGACUAUGUGGAAUAUUUGCAUUCUGGUUAAUGUUGGCAGAGUCAGAGUGAGCCUCGCAGACUGAGACUGUGUGGUUGGCCCUGUACAGUAGGCUAGCUCAACUGCAACUGGAAACCGGACCUCACUGUAUCUGCUGCUGAGCCAGAGCAGCUCCUCUGUGGAAUAACACUAGGAAAAUAUGAGGAAAGACCCACAAAUGCUGCCUCCUUAGCUCUAUGGUUAUUUGCACAUCACAUACAGUGACCACAAACCUGAAUAAACCAGUUUGACCUAUGACAUCCUGCAGGAAGUAGUUCACACAAUAGGUACAUGGAAAUACAGCCAUGGCUGUAUUAAAGAUCUGAUUAUGUAAGUGUUUCACAAGCUCUUUUGGAGCAAAUCACAGACCACCACUGUUCAGGUGAGGUGGAGAAUGUGUGUGGGUUUAAAGCAGGUAAGACUUCCUUGACAGUGUAUCACGUUCAUUGCCCUCUUUUUCCCCCUUAUUGACUUACCCUUCAGUUCUUCAUCACUCUACGUGUUUAGAGUGCAGGUCAAGGUGUUAACUAACAGGCAUGAUAGCUACAUAACAUGGAAAACAUAACAAAUAGAAGGAGCUGAUGGAAAAUUUUGCAACAAGUAUGUUACAAAAUGCAUUACUGCCACCAACUGGUCAAAGGGGUAGGACAUCACUAUUCAUCUUUGUAGGCCUACUGUAUGUACAAAAAGACUCCAGCAAUCACCUACUAUGUUGAAAAUGAUCCAGGUCUCUCUAUAUUUCAGCCUCAGGAUAGUAGACUGCAAAUUUCUGUGCAAACAAUAAAGUAAUUCUGUUAUCUCAUCUCCUCUCAGGACUAUGAGUAUCCGAACCAGCAGUCCCAGUCCACACAGUACCAGAAGAACGACCGCUGCCCACCCCCACCUCAGAUGCUGCCGGAGCGGGCCUGUGAGGUGCCCGGCUGCCGCUCUGACUCAGAGUGUGAGCGCCACAAGCGCUGCUGCUACAACGGCUGCAUCUACGCCUGUCUGGAGUCAGUGCAGCCCCCACCAGGUAAGCACCACUGAUCUAGAUGACAGUCCACAAAACCACACUUAUCGACCCAUAUGACGACACACAUGGUCAUACAUAGCAUGGGCAUGGCUCUAACCAUUGGUACUAGGGUAUGCAGUAAAAUACUGACGAUAUCAUUAGGAUCAAACUUACCAAUGAUGUGUGUUUGUGUUGAUCAGUGCUGGACUGGCUGGUUCAACCCAAGCCUCGAUGGCUGGGAGGGAAUGGCUGGCUUCUAGACGGUCCAGAGGAGGUACUGCAGGGUGAGUAGCCUGGAACAUCACCAUUAAACGCACCUGAACUCUACACCAUCAGUGUGUGUGUUUAGUUGACCUCUGACCUGUGUGUCCCCUGCCCUCCAGCGGAGGCCUGCAGCACCACAGAGGAUGGUGACGAGCCCCUGCACUGUCCCACGGGCUACGAGUGCCACAUCAUCAACCAAGGAAACCCCGCCGCUGGCAUUCCCAACCGGGGACAGUGCAUCAAGUCUCGUGGCAACUCUGGUAAGGUCUGAUUCAGUCAACAGACAUUUAAUAUAGUUCUAAAAACUGGCAUAAUCACGAACUGGAGGUGCUAUUUCUCAUCCAGAUGGACGUCCAAUGAGGCAAAAGUCCUACAAGGACUACUUGGGUAAGUGUGGUGAUCAACUGUCCUGUAUACUCCAUAAUUAUACUGCUGGGGUCUCUUUUACAUGAACAUGCCUGUCAUUUCUCCACUAUAGGAACUGGAAGUAGCUCUAAUAAUGCAGUGGCCUAUGAGAAACACCACCACAAACACUUGGGAUGAGGUAGGUGUUACUGGGAGAGAAACUACAUCUUGAUGCCAUUUAGGAAAAAAAACAAGAGGUCAGAAUAUAGCCUGUAUUGUUUGUCCAUGCCUGAGCUGUCAAGGGUCAAUCUAACAAUCUAUAAUAACCAUUUCGGACUAUCUGACAGAGUAAAAAGCUGGAAGUCUCUUCAAAACAGUCUCUCCUCCUCAGAUACCUCAACACAGAACCUCAGCUAUCAGAGCCCAGAUAUCAAACCUCUCUUGACAACGGAACACAGCACAACCCAGACAAGAUAACCUCACGGUGCUUUACACUUCCCACGUCUGGCCUGGGGAAAGGAGGAAAACAAGCAUACAGUUCCUACCUCUUCUCAAACUGGUAAACUCCUUUGGUUGGAAUAAUGAUCCAGGCAGGGUUUUAAACACAUAAUACUUUGACAGAUUUACACACACAGAAACAUGCUUUGAUUUAGUCAUGGGUAAGGCGUAAUGGUUGAAGCAGAGAAAGGAACAAGACACAAAGCCCUUUUCUUGAUCAGUCUCAAACUGGGAAAUAAAAAAACAUGCCAUUUUUGUAUAGACAAUAUCAAAGUAGAUCCACUGAAAAACCCCACAACCAGACACACACACCCAUCUCAUAGAAACCUAACCUGAGGCCCAUUGAUGGAUGGUCAACAGGAAAUAAGGACUAUGUGCUGCUGUUGGCCCUCACCCUUCAGGCCAGCAGGAUGAAGGUCCCAUAAACACAGAGACCCAGGAACAGACCCAGAACCACCAACACACUCCAUACAUGAUUCAUGUAAUAACUUCACAGCUGCCCUCCACUCCGCUUACAGCUUGAACAAAGCCUGUCAAUCAUGGUGGGAGAGCAAGCUGGGCCUUACACCAGUAUGACCCCAUCAUCCACACACAGUUGUUCAAACUGUUUGUAUCGACUGUAAAUCAAAUUGAACAUAUUCCAUCCAGUAUUUUCACUCAAGUCAGUCCAAAGAUGAACAUUAGUAUGACAGAAAGACAGGUGUGAGUGGUUAGGAAUAGGCAUGUCUGUAUGUUAGUACUACAUCAAAUGGUGCUCAGCUCUAAGGCUGUCUCUUCUAACAGAACAAUAAGCUGGUCUACACAUGAAGACUGAAUUCCAAAACUAAUAAGCUAGGAGGUAUGAACAACAUGUAACCAUUCUCUAUGAGGGAGACAGUAAUAUCCAAAUGUUAUCAAACUGGUGCUGUAAUGUUGCCUUGUGUAUUACAAAUAAACGGUAUGUUUGAGGAA